AUGUCGCAUGAGUUCAAAGGGUUUGCGAGAGUCUUAAAGUCACGGGACCAAUCGGAAGAGAUUCCGCGGCUGGCCUUGGCGCUGUUCACCAUUUGCAGCCUCGGCGCGUCCGUGACGCUCAAGACGCGACUCAAAAAAAACCAGCAACCCCUCACCGAUACCGACAAUUUCUGGCCUGUGUUCACGGGAAGAUCAUGGAAUGCAGUAGCGAUGGUAAACUGGAGGGAGCGUGGCUAUGUACCAGACUCUGACGACGAUGAUGAAGCGGAAGAAGAGGGAGGAGGCAGUCUCAACAUCGACCAUACCCGCGGGACAACUUCCAAGACCGGCGCAGUUAAUGUGCAGGCUUCGGUGAAACAAGCCAUUGUGAAGGAAAGUGACACUGUCCCAGGUGACGACGACGAUCCGACAAAGCAAAGCAGCAACAAAUCUGACAACCAUGGCGCGCAUCACCACCCUGGACCGACCCGCACAAACGGGGUGCAGCAUGAUUCUCAAAGUGGCCAUCUGAUAUCGUCGCAGGCCUCUGACUCCCAUUUGAAUUCGACUGCUGCGAAGCUCGAAGCUGAAAUCAAGAGAUGUCUGCGGACCGUGCAUGAUGUUCUUGGCUCCGUGGACUCUGGCAUCAACAGCGACACUGACAGCCCUCUGUCUUCGGUCCCCUCGUCAGUGCGUACUUCACCCUUCAAAAGUCAGUCAGGGCAAUCGCGGCCAGCUGCACUUACCGAGGUGGCGAUAGAUCAGACCUCCGCUGACAAUAGAUUGUCGCCGGGUCCAUCUGCUGACGCCUCACGGAGACGAUGCUUUAGACCUCGUGCUCCAAUCCAACUUCAUCCCUACGCAAUUGAGGAUGCUAGGUAUAGACAAACUUGGAAAGAUCGGGGCUUGCACCCUGUUCGCGCACCAGACCCGCCUUCACAUCUGCGAGAAAGUGCCAAGGACGAAUCCCAGGGCAGCACAGCAUAUGAAAGCAGCCAAGCCGACCAUUCGGAUAGUCAGGUUCGACGCUUAAGUCCUGCACCAGAGCCAGGGUAUGAUGAUUCCCAGGUAACUGGAAAUGAUGAAUCUCAAAGCCCGAUACGUGGGACACGUCUCCGGAUAUAUCCUCUUGUGUCUGAUUCCGACAAUGAUGAUGAUCUUCCGGACUUGUCGGACAUACUCAAAGGCAGAACUGCGACCUCUUCCAUUUCGAAACUGAAGAGGCCCAAGCGUGCGCCAGUGUCACAGUCACCAAGAUUAAUUGACGAAUUUCCCAUCCAUGAUCUUCUCGACGAUGGCAUAGCUGUCAGGAAUGCAUCCAAACAUGGUAGCGCAAGUUCCAUAAUUCCACUUUCCCCGCCUCGAUCUGGUGGUGGACAAUAUUCGCAAGUCGGUGAGGUGAACAACAAUGCAGAAGCAUCAAUAGGGAAUAGUACACCCGUGCUGCUCCCAACUCCCUUGGUCUCUUCAGACAAGCGGGCUUCGAAGAGGAGGUUCAGCGAAACCCUCAGUUUUUCUGAUUCAGAGACCGACGUCAUCAGUAUCAGUGACGAUUUAUCAGCGCCAUCUGAGUUAGAAGAGAGUAUGGAGGAUGGAUUUCGCGGUAUCCGACAAAUGCGUCGCAAAAUGAAGGGAGUCUUGCCGGCAUCCUGGCUAACGUUGGAUAUGAAGCAGCAACGGAAGGACAAUCGUGGUCCUCGAAACCGACCCCAGUCCCCCGUCAAGAGGACUUUAGAGAAAGGGAUAGCUCAACACGUCUCGUCCUCUGGAGGAAGAGCUAAAGGUCAUAUUUUGAGUGCUGAUGUCGCCGAUUUGGAAGCUUCGUCAGAGAGCCAGCCAACUAGCCCUGCCAGCGAUGAAAUGAGAGGGGUCGAAUACGAAGGGCCCGGGCCAUUUGAGGACGAUGUCAUUGAAGAUAAUACCAUCGAUGCUAUGCUGGCUCCUCGACAGAGAAGGUCGUAUGCUGGACAGAAACAGCAGCGAUUGAAAGUUGUUUGGUCCAGGAAGAACACCUCCGAAGGUAGCGAGAGCGUUACUGGUCCAAGGUCAUCCUCUCGACGCCAGAGAAUGGCUGCUGCCUCUGGAUCAAAUAAUGAGGCGCGGCCGCGCAAGAAGAUCAAGAGGAAGCAAAGAAAGCCGCAAAUGACGAUUUUGGACGCUCCUGGUUUCGGGGAGAAAGAGGUACCACUGUUUUUAAGGAUUGCAUCGAGACGCACUACCCAGAGUUCGGCACGGAAGCAGGACCCAUCAAAGAAGUUUUUCAGGCUGGCAACAAUGAGAGAUACGGAGGAUGUGAAUGAAGGGAUGAGGAGUUGGAGAGGCCAUCGAAAUCAGGCAGAUCAUUCUGUCAAACCCAGCGACAUUGCCAAAGCCGCAACCCCCUUAUUGGCUCAGCCGCACAGUGUCGACGACAUAACGUUUGAAAAUACUGCCGCUCCAACACGUACUCCUAACAACGACAUUUACUUUUCAGACCCUCGCCUCAAAUCUUUGAAGCAAACCACUAGAGCCAUACUCGAGCGCAUUCACAAUCAUCAAAGUCGGUCUCGCUCAUUGCGAGACGAAUCUAUUGCUCCCUCAAUUGAUCGUCGUUCCGCGAUUCUCGACUAUUUCAAGCCUCGAGCGACGCGUCGUAGUCAUCUCAACGCGCGUGAGCCGAUUCCAACCCUUCAGCAGAACAGAGAGAAGCCUGAAGAACCGGCACUCGCGCCUACGAAUCCUUUCACAAUCGAAAAACGUGUUCCCCAAGCAGCACGACAGAGACAAAAGCGACCUCGUCAGAACCUUCCACAGAAAGCUUGUACAGAAUCUUCAAUUCAAGCAACCCUUCCCAUGGCGCAACCUGUAGAAAAUCAAGACCUCUCUCCACCCUCUCCACCACUCCCCCAAUCACGUCCUCCAAAGAAGCAACGUCCCAUCGCGCUCAGCACGCGUUUCGCCAAUGGAUUCGAUCAACAUGAUGUCCUGUGUCUUCAGACUUUGAAAUUAGACGAUGACAACGACAUUAUCUCCUAUGCCAUUCAAUACCCUCCAGGAACAAGCUCCUGGCGAGAUACGCCAUUUCCCCAUGACUCUACGUCUGUCCGCGUUCGUUUGCUAGACGCCACAUUGUCCUCUAUGGCUGAUACCACUCGACUGUUCCAACCACAAUGGUCCCAGAGCUCAAUUACCACUCCCAAGUCGCAACGCACGCUCCGCGCCACCGGUUGGUCCACAGAAGUUGAAAGCAUCAUUCGAGACGCUUUUCAAGAAAUCUUCGAGAUCAUCUGCGGCGCUAUUGCCACGUCUGACGCCACACCAGAUGAACAAGCGCGUCUGUUGAGUCAGGCUGCGGAGUCGGUCGAAACCAUAAUCACUUACGCCAAUGAGAGCCUCUCCUUCUCAAAUAACCAAGAGUUGGAAGCCUUCAUCCACUUAACAUCGAAGUCGAUUGAAAAUCUAUGGCAGGCCAUCGCUAUAUGCAACACCGCCACAAGCAAACCGCAUGUCUCGCAGGCUUUAAAGGUCCUGAAUGGUUUUCUCAUUCUAGGAUAUCAAAUCUAUCAAUGUACCAAAAUCACGGGCUUUCCAGAAACAAUUCGCGGCAAGACCUCGAAAACUUGGAAGAACAUUGCCAGCCUUGCAUGGGAACUUGCUUUCCGGAAACAAAACGUCGCUCAGCUCUUCUGUUACAUCGCUGCUCAGCUCGAGAGUGACUCUGUACUAGAUGGGCAUCAAUUCACACCCACAACGGAAAUCGAGACAGUCUUCCUGAUACACCGCCUCGGCCCUCACCAAGAGUGGAAUAUCUACUUAGAAAACAUCCUCUCUACCCAUGGCAAAGCGGGGAUGGUUUGGGAGUCUCAAGCUGAGUCACUCGCUUUCACGGUUGUCGUACUUGGCUGCAUCCUUUCCAUCGUUGGACUGCAUGGACUCACAACACAUUCCGAUGCCAGCUCCGCGAGCUCUCUGGGCUGCUCUCUUCUUCGUCUACUUCCGACUUACGUGUCAGAAUUUCUCAAGUUUUUUGUCGAGAAAAGGGCGAGUUACAGCAUGCGAUUCAAAGCCAAAAUACACCAAGUAAGGAAGCUGGAGCGAUUCGGUCUGGUCAUUUUUCGAUGGUGUUUCGUCUUCGCACGAAAUUUUCAAAUCGACACCGCCGACAGUUUGCUAAAGCAGAUGUUCAAGUACUAUUCGGACAAGACAAACAACAUGCUUGAACUCUUUGCGUCGAAUCUUUCGGAUGGGGUGCCUCCAUUCGUCGAUCAUCUGACGCGUCCCGAACAACUAGUCCUGGAGGCUACCGACACAGACUUCCACAUUUUCCUGAAGCUCACGGCCAUCACUUUGGCGGCCCAACCUCUAGCAGACUACGAGACUGAAGAGCAUGUUCGAAAACUGGCACUUCGCAAACGCUCUCUCUUGUUCAUCUUGUUACCUAAUAAGGGCCGCGACAAUCUAGAUGACAAUGCAAUGCUCGUCGAUGAAGACUACCCACUACCAGACCUUGACCUCGCUGCAAUAUCAAACCGAUACACCCUUUUCACGACGCUGUAUCACUAUGCACCUAUCGGGUUCAAACCAGAGUUAUCACAGAUUAGAGACUACAUCGACUUUCCUACAGCUCAUGAUGCUGUCCGCAAAGUCAUUGUACGAUGUUGGGAAAAUGUCGCCAACUCGGCACUCUCCCGGGCCACAGGUCAAGCUGCAGGUCGUGUGGAGCUCCUAGAGCUAGGACAGUGGCUUCUGAGCAUGUUCUUCUCCAUGCGCGAUAAGCUGUCGCGGAUUCCAAAUAUCGACAAUAGCAUGCAUGAGGACGAGAAACGUAUUCAUCGAGCCAAUCGAAACACUACGGUUGACUGCAUCCUCAAUAUUGCAAAGCGGUAUGCUACAGCGAUUGAUCUCUGUGCCAAUCAAGAUCAGGUUUCGUGCCUCCUCACUCGUGAAGAGGUGAAUAGUCUGACUGUUUCAUGCUACUCUAAACAAGGUCUUGGUGAUAUUGUGGUCAGCGGAAUCUUCGACCUCUUCACGUCCUAUCUCAAGAAAGUCGGAAAUGUUAACGACGAAAUACGUUCUCUUAUGCGAGACAUUCGUGGCGUGCUUGUUGACCAGCUUAACCGUGGCGAUCCUCCAGACGAUGUUUUGUUGAUGUCUUUGACCGACACCUGGUUUGCCAUCGGAAAGCUGAUGAUAGACGGUGGCUACUAUCACGGGGAUCAGUUUCUGACCGCUCGGUCUCAAUUGUCCUUUCCACAAAUUGCCGACACCGAAAUCGCGAGGCAAUGUCAAGUGUUGCUACUGAGCAAAAUUGCAACGGAUAGGAACGUCAUUUUGGCUAAUCCCUGUCCUUUCGUCUCCACCUGGUUGCGGUCAAUGUUAAAGCCGGAAACGAUGAUCAAGUUCGAACACCGCCUGACGAACCAGCUGAUGGAAAGCAUUCCAGAUGCGUUCAGUCUUGAUGAGCUACGUCGAACCAUUUCAAACGGCGCCUCUUCGUUCUUCUUUGACCGGUCUGAUAUCAUCAAAUAUCGCUUCUCAAUCGUCGACCAUGUUAUCCGCUAUGCCUGCAGCGUUCAAAAUGAUGCCGAUCCACCUUCUAGCGCAAAGCUCACUAAACAUCAAUGGGAUGAAUUGAUGACGAAGAUCGAGAGGGCUAUGAAGCAAACAUGGGAACAACUCGAUGGGGCAGCAAGGCCAGAAUGGACCAUCUUCAUGCAGAAAGUAAUAUUCCGACUCAGCAUGUACAAGAGCCCAGGCUUCGCAAUCGACCCAUGGUUCCUUAAUCUAGAUCAGAAAGGAUUCGAGGACAAGGUCUUCUUUCUUGAGCGCCUCUUUAUUCGUCUAUUGGAUGGGAAUCGACGUGACCGCUGUGACACCGAGUACAUGGCCACGGUCUUGCGCACAGCUUGCGAAAUGGCAUGGGAUAGUGACAAGGAAGAGCAAUUCUUCCAGCAUCUGGUCGGGUUGUUUGCUGCCAACGACCCGAGCUACGUGGAUAACGAUGGCAAGUUCCUACUCGACAUUGCAUCGCAAUUGGACUUCAUGAAGGCAGUCUUCCCGGCAUACAUUGAGCGAGCACUCAACGACACUCUGCCCGCGAUGCUUUUCGCUGUGCCCAUCCUUCGCGCAGCCGCAGCAAUCCUGAUGAGACUGGAACUGCGUGUUGACCUCGAGGAUCAAUCGCAUAUGGAAUCGUUCGCAGAGCUCAUCGUUGCCUUGAUGGAAGCAACAGUCACAGCAAUGCGAGAUGCCAGCUGCGGGCCUCUGUUCAAACACGGCUGGGAGAUCGAAACAAUCUGCCAUCUCGGCCAUCUCUGCUGGCUUGGCUGUAGCCGGUGGGCUCACCUCCAUCGACUCUUUCCCUGCUCCGGCGCUAUCUUCUCCUUGCAGGCAUACGUGCAAGCGUAUGCUUACUACGCUUACGAAUGGAUCUGCACUGCUGCAGAUCUCGAGGAUGGCGCCCGGCCCUCGGACCCAGAGCUCUGGGCGAAAUACCGCAUGAGCGCCGAUAGGGCGAGGGAAGACUUCGGCUUCGAGCUGCCGGAGCUGGCCCUCCCAGAGCACAUCAGUGCUCUCAAGGACUUUGCCGCAGAUGACCUCGAGUGGUCGGGUCGAAACGACUGGCACCGGCGCGAGUUUACGACGUGGGGGCCCGUCUGGGUGUUUGCGCGGCCAGGGUUGAAGCCGGCGAUGAAGCAAUCGCGCCAUGCGGUCCAAGACAACUCCAUGAUAAAUGGAGUCAGGGCGGUGUUGGCGUCGCUGGAGCAGGCGUUGACCCUUUUGGGGGUCCUGGAAGAGGAGUUGUGA